UCAGGGAAUUCUGGGAGAGAGCCAUGUGUGACAAAAGGGAGAGAUGAAAUCCCAUGUACGUCAAGUCUUCUGAAGCGUUCACGGGAUUAUUUUCCAGAUCGGGCCCUUUUGAGGUCCAUGGGGUGCGGCUGAUCUGUCAGUGAUAUGUGGUACAGGAUGGGGAUGUUUGUGUACCUGGCACUGACACUUUGCACCGUAUCCCUGGCAACAGGGAGGUGCAGGAGAGGGCUGGAGUUCUUCAAUGAAGAAACUCAAGUCUGCGAGCAAUGUUCCAAAUGUCCGCAGAACAAGAUCAUUAAGGAGCCGUGCACAGAGACUCGAGACGUUCAGUGCAAGUCGUUCUCAGAAUUCCGAAACUUCAAUCAGAUUGAUACAGUGCAGUAUACAACGGGGGAAGGAGAAGAAGGUGCUUCAGACCCGGGUCAUGACAUUACCAUCAAGGAAAUACCUGCUAUAACGAAGGACGAGGGGGAAUACUGGAGGAACCUGGCGUUUGCCCUCAUCGGCGUGUUGUGUGCGUUGAUUGUCGUGGCAACCAUUAUAGUACUGUGUGCAUGUCGAAAGUUACACGAAACAGCGGCUUUAAAACGGCCAGAAGAGGAUGACUAUGAUGACACUGACAGUGGGUAUGUGGUGAUACGACAGAUCCGCCAGCUGCCGCUGCCUAGCAACUCACGAUCUACGUCUGAACAGGCUGCAUCGUCGUUUCAGUCGUCUCGUCAUCAGAAAAUGCCCUGGCUCUAUCGGCCAAAGAGACGAUUACUCAAUGAGUAUGUUGAUGAUGUUUUUGAAUCCGAAGACAGCGCAGGUUCGAGGACAAGCCGGAAGCAGCAGUUAACAGUUAUUCCCGAACGAGAGAGUGAGGGCAACAGCACCGGCAGCUACAGUGUCUAGCUCAAGACUGAAUUGUGACGGCGACCGCGGCCUCAAACAAAUGUGGUGGUUCCUUUUGCAUCAUCAAAAUUCAAUAUCUAUGUCACCGUGACAACAAGUUUGUCCUUUAUUUUUGUCAAGUGUAGGCACUUACUAAUUUCAUGUUGUCGUCGUUGUUGAUAUACACUCAAAUUUAACUUCCAAAAUUGCUUCUCUCAUUUGGUGUGUGCAUCUUAUAACUGUCCAAACAGGUACUGAACAUGGGAGGUCCAUUAAGAGAUACUUCCAGUUACAGAGUCAAUCUUUGUUUUCCCCUUUGGCUUAACACAACUAUAUCAACCUACCACAGAACCCUCAAUUUAGAGGUAUUAACUCUUGCAUGGAGACAAUCAAUUCUGCUGCAUUUCAAUCCAAUUAUUAAGGAUAGUGCUUGUAAUGGAAGAGGAGAAAGUUGUGGGAUGGGUUGCCUCCCUUUCAUAUGCUAGGAUCAGCUAUGACUGUGAUCAUGGUCUGUCAACACCAAAUUUCUAAAUUUCUGUGGCCUGCAUCAUGUGGACUUUCCUCCUCAAUACAUUAUGACUGAAUGUUAUUGGAUGCAGAUUUGAACCUAGUCCAUCUUUAGGUCAAGUGGAUGUUUGAACUUACACAGACUGUGAAUAAUGUUGGUUGAAAAAAGAUUGUUUUGUUAUGUAAGUGGAACCAUAGCAUUUAUUUGGACAUAUUGUAUAUGUUAUCGAUAUUACAUCAUGCAUGGAUUUCUGUAGCACAGGAUAUAUUGCAAACAUAAAAUUGUGUAAUUGUGAAAAACUUGUAUCAGAUUAUACUAAGGAUUUUGGAGUUUCUUUAUCCAAACGUUAACUAUAUUUUCCUGUCACAAGUAUCCUUGUAUUAUGAGUUUUCGGACGCCUAACAAACAUUCAUUGUUUUGCCUCUAAUCACAUGAACAACUGUAAAACAUCACAUUACUUUUUGAAAGAAAACUUUAGUAAAAAAACAAGGCUCAUUAUUUCAAGCAUUUUUCAAUGUCUGUGAAACGCAACACGUUUCAUUAUCAUUUGAAUAAACACUGCCGUCCAAACACAUGUCCCAAAACAUAUAAUCUGAUGAUACAGUAGGACCCAUUCUCGAAGUGGUUUCAUUCAAAACCAAAGUUGUAAUUAUGAAUAUUUUCAGGACGUAUUUACCCAAGCUUUCACAUAUCCAAGUAGCUCCAGCAUUAAACUGUCUUCCGUUAUAAUGAUAAAGAGCAUGUUUCUAUUUUUAGUAAGUAAUAGUAUGUUGGAAAAAAAUAUGAAAAUGUUUUGAGAUUCUAUAGUGCAUGUAUUUGUGUGUUAAAGAUAGAUGCUGCAAUAUGCGUUAUUAUUUUGCGAUCUUAACAUCACAUGUCCGUGGAAUUUAAAAAUAACGAGAAUGUUUGUUCUGUUGCCCCACUCCAGUAACGGGCUGUGUCACACAUGCUUUUGCGUUCUCUAAGUAGUCAUGCUAAAUGUGUCUGUGCUGCCAAAUUGUGUGAGUACCAUUGUACGGAAAACUGUCAUAACUUAUUGUCAUUAUUCUUACAUUUGAAUCUUGAAUCUUGAAUCUCAAAUCUCAAAGUACAAUUUGAGAAUGUCUGUUGUAGCUCUUGCCGUAGAAAAAAAUCUGUGUUUCAUGUGUUCAUUUUAAACUUUGUUAUGAGUAUUUAGUACUUUGAUAGAAUGGUGUUGGGAAACCAUCAUCUAAUACUAUAUGAAUGGGGUCAAGGGUUACCCGUUGUUAUGGUUACGGUCUGGAACCAACAUGUUAUUUUGUUAGUGUUGUUCUGCUUGUUGUCAUCACUGGAUUGUCUGGUCCAGACUUGAUUAUUUUACAGACCGCCGCCAUAUAGCUGGAAUAUUGCUGAGUCCGGCGUUAAACAACAAACCAACAAUUCAACAUUAUAAGAUAAUCACUGCCAGAUAACUACAUGGGCAUCAUCUGUAUAUUUGUCUCUCAUCAAUUAAAGAGAACGUUUCUUGCCCUAGACUUUACAUUGAACCUAUCGGAAUAAAAACUUGAUUAUUAGUUAACAUACAUUUUGUGACAUCUCAUGUAUUUAGCAGAAAUGGUAUGAAAAUUAUUAAAUCUUUCACCUAAGAUCUAAGAAAAUCCC